AGACAAUAAGUCAUAGCCAAAACUUAAGAUCAGGUGUUAGAAAGGCCAAAGCCAGAUCUAUAACCCCCUUCUCCUUCUUCCUUACCAUUUCCUCUCACUCCAAUGUCGAAAUCCUCCUAAAUCACCUCCCUACUUCCGCCAUUUUCGCAUUAGAUCUCAGUUUGUUGUUUUUGCGAUCUGAAUUCACCAAUUAUUGAGAUCAUUUCCUCAAUUUCAUGAAUUGAUCGCAGUUCUGUUUUGCCGGAAAUAACCUGAAUUGAAUAAAAAAUGUUGACGAAAUUCGAGACGAAGAGUAAUCGAGUGAAAGGACUGAGUUUCCACCCGAAACGGCCAUGGAUCUUGGCGAGUUUACACAGCGGUGUGAUCCAAUUGUGGGAUUAUCGUAUGGGAACACUCAUUGAUCGUUUUGACGAGCACGACGGCCCGGUUCGCGGUGUUGAUUUUCACAAAACUCAGCCUCUUUUCGUCUCCGGAGGGGAUGACUAUAAGAUUAAAGUAUGGAACUAUAAAUUGCAUAGAUGCCUAUUUACUCUUCUAGGACACCUUGACUACAUCCGUACCGUCCAGUUUCACCAUGAAUCUCCUUGGAUUGUCAGUGCUAGUGAUGACCAGACCAUAAGGAUUUGGAAUUGGCAGUCACGUACUUGUAUCUCUGUGCUGACUGGACACAAUCAUUAUGUUAUGUGUGCCUCCUUUCAUCCCAAGGAAGACCUAGUAGUUUCUGCUUCUUUAGAUCAGACAGUCCGUGUUUGGGAUAUUGGUUCCUUGAGGAAGAAAAGUGUUUCUCCUGCAGAUGACAUCUUGCGAUUGAGUCAGAUGAACACAGAUCUGUUUGGAGGUGUUGAUGCUGUUGUUAAGUAUGUCUUGGAGGGUCAUGAUCGAGGAGUCAACUGGGCUUCUUUCCAUCCAACUCUUCCUUUGAUUGUGUCUGGUGCUGAUGAUCGUCAAGUUAAAAUCUGGCGUAUGAAUGAUACCAAAGCUUGGGAAGUGGACACUUUGAGGGGGCACAUGAAUAACGUUUCUUGCGUUCUCUUUCAUGCUAGGCAGGAUAUUAUUGUCUCAAACUCAGAGGACAAAAGUAUUCGUGUGUGGGACGCUACCAAAAGAACUGGUCUCCAGACAUUUAGGAGGGAGCAUGACCGUUUCUGGAUUCUGACAGCACAUCCUGAGAUGAACCUUCUGGCUGCUGGUCAUGAUAGUGGAAUGAUCGUCUUUAAAUUGGAAAGAGAACGACCUGCAUUUGCAGUUAGUGGUGAUCUGGUAUACUAUGUAAGGGAUCGUUUUCUACGGGUUUAUGAGUUCUCGACCCAGAAGGACACUCAAGUCAUCCCCAUACGCAGACCCGGUGCAACCUUACUCAACCAAAGCCCAAGAACUCUUUCUUACAGUCCAACCGAAAAUGCUGUUCUGAUUUCUUCUGAUAUAGAUGGUGGAUCUUAUGAACUCUAUAUAGUACCAAAGGAUGGCUGGGGUAGGGGUGAUUUGGUACAAGAGGCAAAGAGAGGUCUUGGCAGUUCAGCAGUUUUUAUUGCUCGGAACAAAUUUGCUGUAUUAGAGAGGAGCAGCAACCAAGUAUUAGUGAAGAACCUGAAGAAUGAGACUGGGAAAAAGGUUGCCCUUCCUGCUAUAACUGAUGCUAUAUUUUAUGCCGGAGCUGGAAACCUUCUUUGUAGGGCUGAAGAUAGAGUUCUGGUUUUUGACCCUCAGCAGAGGAUUGUAAUUGGGGAACUACAGACUUCUUUUGUUAGAUAUGUUGUCUGGUCAAAUGACAUGGAAAGUGUUGCUCUGUUGAGCAAACACUCUAUAAUUAUAGCCACCAACAAACUUGAACACCGAUGCACACUUCAUGAAACCAUCCGUGUGAAGAGUGGAGCCUGGGACGACAACGGUGUAUUCAUAUACACAACUCUUAAUCACAUAAAAUACUGUCUUCCCAAUGGGGACAAUGGUAUAAUUCGGACUCUUGAUGUUCCGCUCUACAUCACAAAAGUGUCAGGGAACACCAUAUUUUGUUUAGAUAGAGAUGGGAAAAACCGUGUCAUCUCCAUAGAUGCAACUGAAUAUUAUUUCAAGCUUUCCCUCUUGAGGAAGAGAUUUGAUCAGGUGAUGGGAAUGAUUAAGCGUUCCGAGCUUUGUGGACAAGCCAUGAUAGCCUAUCUUCAGCAGAAGGGUUUUCCGGAGGUCGCUCUUCACUUUGUGAAGGAUGAGAAGACUCGCUUUAAUCUGGCCUUAGAAAGUGGUAAUAUAGAAGUAGCUGUUGCUUCUGCUAAUGUGAUUGAUGACAAAACCCACUGGUACAGGUUGGGGGUUGAGGCCCUUCGCCAGGGUAAUGCAGACAUUGUGGAAUAUGCAUAUCAAAAAACAAAAAACUUUGAGAGGUUGUCAUUCCUUUAUCUCAUAACUGGAAAUAUGGAGAAAUUGUCCAAAAUGCUAAAAAUUGCUGAAGUGAAGAAUAAUAUUAUGGGGCAGUUCCACAACGCUCUUUAUCUGGGUGAUGCUCAAGAGCGGGUUAAGGUUCUUGAAGCUGCUGGCCAUUUGCCUCUUGCUUUUAUCACUGCCAAAGUCCAUGGACUUGAUGAUGAUGCCGAGCGUCUAGCUGCUGAACUUGGGGAUGACAUUCCUGAAGUCCCCAAGGGAAAGUCACAAUCUCUCUUGAUACCGCCAAGUCCCAUAAGCUGCGGUGCAAACUGGCCAUUGUUGACAGUUAUGAAGACAAUGUUUGAUGGUCUUGAUCAUGUAAGAGACACGCCGGAUGAGGACGAAGAAGCUGCAGAAUGGGUUGAGGCCUUGGAGAUUAAUGAGGACAUACAAAAUGUUGUAUUUUCUGAUUUGGAUGAAGAGGAAGGAGUACAUGAAGAUAAUGACAAUGGAACUGGAUGGGAAAUUGAUGAGAAUCUAGACCUUCCUCCUGAGGUUGAAUCUCCUAAGGUUACCAGUAAUGGGCGCUCUUCAGUAUUUGUUGCCCCUACUCCAGGAAUGCCAGUGAGCCAGAUAUGGACCCAAAGAUCGUCACUUGCUGCUGAAUAUGUUGCAGCUGGAAGCUUUGACACUGCUAUGCGUUUGCUUACCAGGCAACUGGGCAUAAAAAAUUUUGCCCCAUUGAAACCACUGUUUAUUGAUCUGUUUUCUGCCAGCCAUUCUUACUUGCUUGCCUUUGCUUCUGCUCCUGUGAUUUCUGUGGCACUGGAGAGGGGGUGGAAUGAAUUAUCCAGUCCUAAUGUGAGGGGUCCUCCUGCUCUUAUAUUUAGUUUUUCUCAAUUGGAGGAAAAACUUAGAGCUGGUUACAAAUUAACAACUUCUGGGAAGUUAAGUGACGCGCUGCGGACCUUUACCACUAUUCUUCAUACAAUUCCUUUGAUAGUGGUUGAAUCAAGGAGAGAGGUUGAUGAAGUGAAGGAGUUAAUAACCAUAGUGAAAGAAUAUGUUCUGGGCUUGAAGAUGGAAUUGAAGAGGAGAGAGCUAAAAGACAACCCAGUUCGACAGCAGGAAUUAGCUGCCUACUUUACUCAUUGUAACCUUCAGAAGCCUCAUGUGAGACUUGCAUUGCUCACUGCUAUGACAAAUUGCUACAAAGCGGGAAAUCUGAACACGGCUGCCAAUUUUGCCCGUCGACUCUUGGAAACCAACCCCACGGUUGAGAGCCAAGCAAAGACCGCACGACAAGUACUCCAGGCUGCUGAGAGAAGGAUGACAGAUUCAACGGAAUUGAACUAUGAUUUCAGGAAUCCGUUUGUAGUUUGUGGGGCUACUUAUGUACCUAUUUAUCGGGGUCAGAAGGAUGUCUCAUGUCCUUACUGCAGUUCCCACUUUGUGCCUGAUCAGAAUGGCCAGAUUUGUGCUGUUUGUGAUCUUGCAGUCAUUGGGGCAGAUGCAUCUGGCUUACUUUGCUCCACAGCACAGAAAAGGUAGGAUGAUUGGCACUGUGGACGGGGCUGUUUUACUUUCCGGCUGUAGAACUGAAUUUCCUAGAUGCAAUGUCUGCAAGAGAGGUAGGAAAUUGAAAGUGAGUCUAGUUUCCUUACAUAUCCACAGCCUUAAUUUUUAAAGCAUUUCUCUUUAUAUCCCUUUUACUUUUAAUUUUUUUUUGGGGUUUCUCCCUUUGUCACAUAUUUGCAUACCUGGUCUCUGUUUUUUAGUUAUUUCGAGUCUCGGCAGUGAUUUUGUGCAAUAAACUAUGAUCAAUUCUUCCUAGGCUAUUCUUUGGAUUCGAGAAUUCAUCCCCUGUUGGGCGGGAAAUAGGUACCUACUACUAGCUGUACCAAGUUUGAAGGGGUUUUAUUUCCAACUUUUGUUGUCACAAUAGAUUCUUUCUUCUUCAUUCAAAAAUUACUGUUAUACUUCGUAUUGGAAUGUAUUGUAAUAGAUUUUGUAUAUCUUUUUCGUAUUAUUUGAUUAUGGAAAGUUAAUAA